AUGAUAAUAGAAAAUAAAAUCACAGUUGGUAAUCAAGCACCAGACAUAACAUUUAAAUGUAUUGAAACAAAUGAAACAAUUUAUAAUAAUAUAAGUAAUAUGAAAUAUAAAACUAAAGACAUUAAAACACAAGAAAGUAACAAAUUAUGUUCUUCAAAGAAUCGAUUAAGAAACACACAUAAUAAUGUUGUACCUGUAAUUCAAAGUAUUACUGAUGUUGUUAUUUCUGAUGUUCCAUUUAGACAUGAAAUUAUUACAUUCAUUGAAACAGAUAAAUACGUUGUAUUAAAUGUAUUUCAGAAUCACUAA